AUGACAAUGGUGGGUUGCACUUGUGGAGCCUCAACCUCACUGAGAACCUCAUGGACAACACAAACCCCAGGUCGUCGUUUUCACCGGUGCAACAAACCAUCAAGCUGUGGAUUCGUUGCUUGGGCUGAGCCACCGAAGAUUGAUAACCCGGCUGUGAUGAUUCCUGCACUGUUGGACACCAUCAAGCGACAUGAAGAGAAUGCAAGACAGAUGUUUGCUCGGAAUAUGAAGCUUGAAGAAGAAGCUAAAAAAUUGGCACAGGAGAAGAAGAUGCUUAAAGUUAUCUUAGGUUUCAGUUUUUUGUUGUUCAUGUUUUACUAUGUUAAGUCUGGUUAG